GCUCAGGGAGCUCCCUCGGACACAGCAGAUCACCAAUCACAGAAAGAGCCAAAGAUCUGUGUCCAAUCACAGCUGAUCACAUAUCAACAAGGGCACUGAUGAUCAGUGUGCCCUGAUGAUCAGUGUAGCCCCAGCAGUGCCACCUGUCAGUGUCCAUCAGUACCAGCUGCCAGUGCUCAUCAGUGCCACUGCCCAUCAGUGCCACAUCAAUGGUACAUAUCAGUGCCCAUCUGAGCUGCCUUUCAGUGUCACCCAUCACUGCCAGUCAGUGCCACCUAUCAAUGCCAAUCAGUGCCACCUAUCAGUGCUGCCAAUCAGUGCCGCCUACCAGUGCGCAUCAGUGCUUCCUAUCAGUGCUGCCUAACAGUGC